AUGGAAAAUGAGGAAGAUAAAGCCUACUCUCAACACCAAAAAUGGAAGAAGCGCACAAAAUCUGCUGGAUUUCCAUCAAAUUCAAUGCAAGAUUUGAACUUUACAAUCCCUCUUGAAAUUCAGGUUUUGUCCCUCUUGCAAUUCAGGUGUGUUUCGAAAUCUUGGCUUGCUUUAAUCUCGAGCCCCGAAUUUAUCCAGACUCAUCUUAGUAGUUAUACCGAACAUAGGGUGAUGUGGAAUUCUAUACAGGGGGUGAAUAUUAAAGAUUGUAAUCUUGAUUCUUUAUUUAAUGAUUCUGUUAUGGAGGUAUCUGACUUGGGUCAUCGUAUGAUAUCCGACGGGUUGUACAAUGAAUUGCCUAGUUGUAUAACAAUUCUAAGUUCUGUCAAUGGAUUGAUUUGUCUUGUGGAUUCUAAAUAUAAUUUUUUUCUAUGGAAUCCAUCGAAUAGAAAGUACAAGAAAUUACCUUGUCCUAGAGCUACAUUGUGGUUUGAUAAAGCGCUCAUGUAUGGUUUUGGAUAUGAUAAGUUUCAUGAUGAUUAUAAGUUAUUGGGUACCUUUUGUAGAAAAGGUAAAGUUCGAUCGAGUGUUGACGAUUGUCAAUUGAGGAAGUGUAAAAGUCGAGAGGAAGUAUACAUUUCAGGUGAAUGUUUGAUAAGUGACUAUAAGGAAUGGAACAUCAUAUCAUUUGAUUUGGCUAACGAGAAAUGGGGAGAAGUGGAGCAUCCUUGCUACAAAGAGGGAUAUAUUCAUUUGUAUUUGGGAGUGUUGGGAAGUGAUCUUUCCAUUUUUUGUGAUAAUGCGACCUCUCAUGUAGAUUUUUGGGUUAUGAAGGAGUAUGGGGUUAAACAAUCUUGGACAAAGAUGUUAACCGUCAAUUAUCCUUUUGAUACACCGCGGUGUGAUUUUUAUCUGCCUUGUUUCAUGUCAAACAAAGUUGAAAUUUUUUUUUCAG